GGCAGCAUGGACAUCCGCAAUGACGUCUCCCAGCUCCAGAAGCUGGAGAACUGCUCCAUCAUCGAGGGCAACCUGCAGAUCCUGCUGAUGUUCACCACGGGCGCCGAGGACUUUCGGGGGCUCAGCUUCCCUCGCCUGCUCAUGAUCACCGAGUACCUGCUCCUCUUCCGCGUCUACGGGCUGGAGAGCCUGCGGGACCUCUUCCCCAACCUCUCCGUCAUCCGCGGCACCAACCUCUUCUUCAGCUACGCCCUGGUCAUCUUCGAGAUGCCGCACCUGCGGGACGUGGGGCUGCACAGCCUGGGCCACAUCCUGCGCGGCUCCGUCCGCAUCGAGCGCAACCAGGAGCUUUGCCACCUCUCCACCAUCGACUGGGGGCUGCUGCUGCCCGACACCGGGGACAGCACCUACAUCGUCGGCAACAAGCUGGCCGAGGAGUGCGCCGACGUCUGCCCGGGCAUCCUGGACGUGGAGAAGCCGUGUGUGCAGACCAGCGUCAACGGGCAGCUGGAUUAUCGCUGCUGGACCUCCAGCUACUGCCAGAAAGAUAACCUGGCCUCGGAGCUGCAGAGCAGUCUGGGGCUCAUCGAGACCAUCACGGGCUUCCUGAAGAUCAAGCACUCCUUCGCCCUCGUCUCCUUGUCCUUCUUCAAGAACCUCAAGCUGAUCCGUGGUGACUCCAUGGUGGACGGGAAUUACACCUUGUACGUCCUGGACAACCAAAACCUGCAGCAGCUCUGGGACUGGAGCCACCACAUCCUCUCCAUCCCCGUGGGCAAGAUGUACUUUGCCUUCAACCCCAAGCUGUGCCUGGCCGAGAUUUACCGCAUGGAGGAGGUGACGGGCACCAAGGGGCGGCAGAACAAGGCCGAGAUCAACCCCCGCACCAACGGGGACCGCGCGUCCUGUAAGACCCAGACCCUGCGCUUCAUCUCCAACGUCACCGAGUCCGACCGCAUCUUCCUCAAGUGGGAGCGGUACCGGCCCCCCGAGUACCGGGACCUCCUCAGCUUCAUCGUCUACUACAAGGAGUCACCCUUCCAGAACGUGUCAGAGUACGUGGGGCAGGAUGCCUGUGGGGCCCAGAGCUGGAACGUGCUGGACGUGGAUCUGCCACUCAGCAGUGACCAGGAGCCAGGGGUGGCCCUGCUUAACCUCCGCCCCUGGACCCAAUAUGCCAUCUUCGUCCGUGCCAUCACCCUCACCACCGCCGAGGAGGGACGCAACUACGGGGCACAGAGCGAGGUGGUCUACAUCCGCACCAUGCCGGCGGCCCCGACGGUGCCCCGGGAUGUCAUCUCCAUGUCCAACUCCUCCUCCCACAUCGUGGUGCGCUGGAAGCCGCCCACGCAGCGCAACGUGUACAUGCCUGAUGAGUGGGAGGUGUCACGGGAGAAGAUCACAGUGAUCCGGGAGCUGGGACAGGGAUCCUUUGGGAUGGUGUAUGAGGGGCUGGCACUGGGGCUGGUCACGGAGGGAGAGGAGACCAAGGUGGCCCUGAAGACAGUCAACGAGUUGGCCACCAUGCGGGAGCGCAUCGAGUUCCUCAACGAGGCCUCUGUCAUGAAAGCCUUCAAGUGCCACCACGUGGUCCGUCUGCUCGGCGUCGUGUCCCAGGGCCAGCCAGCUCUGGUCAUCAUGGAGCUGAUGACACGCGGGGACCUGAAGAGCUACCUGCGUUCUCUCCGGCCCGAGGCCGAGAACAACCCCGGGCUGCCGCCGCCGUCGCUCAAGGACAUGAUCCAGAUGGCGGGGGAGAUCGCCGACGGCAUGGCCUACCUCAACGCCAACAAGUUCGUGCACCGGGACCUGGCUGCCCGCAACUGCAUGGUGUCCGAGGACUUCACUGUCAAGAUUGGAGACUUUGGCAUGACCCGGGACAUCUACGAGACGGAUUAUUACCGGAAAGGGGGCAAGGGGCUGCUCCCCGUGCGCUGGAUGUCCCCAGAGGCGCUCAAGGACGGCAUCUUCAACACGCAGUCUGACUUCACCACCGAGAGCGAUAUCUGGAGCUUCGGCGUGGUGCUCUGGGAGAUCUUCACCUACGGGAAGCAGCCCUGGUACCAGCUCUCCAACACUGAGGCCAUCGAGUGCAUCACUCAGGGGCGGGAGCUGGAGCGGCCCCGCACGUGCCCCUCCGAGGUCUAUGCCAUCAUGCAGAGCUGCUGGCACCGGGAGCCCCAGCAGCGCCGGCCCAUCAAGGAGAUCCACAGCCGCCUCCAGGCCCUCGUCAAGACCCCCCCUGUCUACCUGGACAUCCUUGGCUGA